UGCAUAGCCCCGUAGAGCAGGGGAGCACUCAUUCACAGUUCUUCUGCAGGAGCUUAGGCUGAGGCGUACGAAACGAAACCUUCCCACCCAGCCGCCCACCCGUCUUGGAGGCAAGGAUUCCGGCAGAGGACCUCACCCAAGGCGGGGCUUGAUGGCGCUCUAAAGAGAACGAUGAGAUAAGCAACUAUUUCCUUGGAUGGAUGUCUAGCAAUAUGAACUGAGUGUGAGAGCUCCAUGUAUGGAUAAAAAAUACACAAUUCUAUUUUUUUCAAUGUAACACAAGACUUAAAUGCCUUUGGAUGAAUUUUAGUUGAAUGGGACCAGUGUACCACCCAAUCAAAUUUUUGCAGUUAAGGAUUUGGAAAACAAACUUUUGCAAAGAUGACCCAUUUACAUGCCGGACUCAGUCCAGAGACUAUAGAAAAAGCUCGCCUGGAACUUAACGAAAAUCCAGAUGUUUUGCAUCAAGAUAUCCAACAAGUCAGGGACAUGAUCAUCACAAGACCUGACAUAGGAUUUUUACGUACAGAUGAUGCAUUCAUCUUAAGAUUUCUCCGAGCCAGAAAGUUUCACCAAACAGAUGCCUUCAGACUACUGGCUCAGUAUUUCCAGUACCGGCAGCUGAACCUGGAUAUGUUCAAAAAUUUCAAGGCUGAUGAUCCAGGAAUCAAACGGGCCCUGAUCGAUGGAUUCCCGGGAGUGCUAGAAAACCGUGAUCACUAUGGCAGGAAGAUACUUUUACUCUUUGCAGCCAACUGGGAUCAGAGUAGGAAUUCUUUCGUAGACAUUUUACGGGCUAUUCUGUUGUCUUUAGAAGUUCUCAUUGAAGAUCAAGAGCUUCAGAUAAACGGCUUCAUUCUGAUUAUAGAUUGGAGUAAUUUCUCAUUCAAGCAAGCCUCCAAACUAACACCUUCCAUCCUCCGGCUGGCAAUCGAAGGGUUACAGGACAGCUUUCCUGCUCGCUUUGGAGGAGUCCAUUUUGUGAAUCAGCCUUGGUACAUCCAUGCCCUGUACACGCUCAUCAAGCCCUUCCUCAAAGACAAGACAAGGAAAAGGAUCUUUCUUCAUGGAAACAAUCUGAAUAGUCUUCACCAACUUAUCCAUCCUGACUGCCUGCCUUCAGAGUUUGGAGGGACACUUCCUCCUUAUGACAUGGGCACUUGGGCUCGGACAUUACUUGGUCCAGACUACAGUGAUGAAAAUGACUACACUCACACUUCCUACAAUACCAUGCAUGUGACGCAUUCGUCUUCCAACCUGGAAAGAGAAUGUUCACCAAAACUCAUGAAAAGGUCCCAGUCAGUGGUGGAGCCUGGAACACUGAAACACGAGGAACAGAAUGAGAACGAGAACACCCAGCCACUGCUAGCUCUAGACUGAGUUGGAAUUCAUUGUGACACAUGAAUGCAUCAUCAGACUUCAGUGGUGCAAAAAAAGAAAGAAAGAAAGAAAAAGAAAGAAAAAG